GGCUCACAGCCCCCUCGACCUACCGGGUGUUGUCCUCCGCCGUUCCAUUUCCCGGACGAAAUUUGCUGCAGCAGAAUUAGCGGAGGGAGUGUAAAACGCCUUGAGAAAAAAAGAAGGUUUAAUUUCACACCACUCCCUUCAAGACACCCAACUGUACAAGAAGGCGGGUUUUUACUACCCCCUGGGUCCUGUCCCGUUUCCAUUUGAAGGCAUGCCUUCUCCCGAGAAAUCGAAGGCUCCUUCUGCUGCAGAGUCAAACCCGGCCACGAGCUCUCCCGGGAAUCAACCCCAAGGUAACUCCAUUGCCUUGGUUAUCCGCAAGCCGACUGCCGCCUUGGAGGCCAUUCCCAUCUCAGCCAUUCUUGGGCUUAGGAGGCCAAUUCCGUCCCAGAAGCGGCCACGGGAAGGAGUCACUGAUGAUGACUUCCUUCCCAAGAAAAACAAGGGUGAUGAUACUUCUGUUUCACCCAGCCCCCUGCCUAUCUCUUCUGAUACCCAGUACGCCAUCCUGCUGCCACAUCCGGGGGUUUGGAGCUACCCCACCCGGAUACCUGAGGCGUCUGAGGGUUGGGCAGGCUUUUCCCGCGGUUUGAGAUCCUUACAGGCUUCCCAUUGGACUAUCCAGGGGAAUCUAGAGAAGAUGAGGGAAUCAGUGCAUGGGCCCACAAUUCCCCAAGCUCGCCCUGACUUGCUUGCCCUCAAUGCACUGCACUUCAUGGAGCAGGCCCAACAAUCACUCCUGACUUUGACUGAGGAGUACCUGGGUGGAGCAUCAGGAAACUACCGGGCCGUGACGCUCCUAAAGGGGAAGGAGUUGGCUGCCAGGGCUCUACAACAGAAGGUUGACUCUCUGGAACAACAAGUUCAGGUCCUUCAGGAAGAGAAUGCCCGGCUCAAGGCAGAUGGCUCAACGGAGCUAGCAACCGAGAGAUCCAAGGUCAAGUCCUUGCAUGAGCAGAUUGCCACUUACCAAAGGGGGACUCAGGAUCUGGAAGCGCAGUUUGACAGACUCCAGGCACAAAUUUCCAUCUUGGAAUCAAGGGCCUCGGCUUCAGAAGGCAAAGUGGGAAGUCUGGAAGCUGAAUUGGUUGAAAAGGAGUCCCGGAUCUCCGAGCUGGAGAAUUCCCUUCGAGAGGCCAAGCAUGAGGGGAAGAAAAUCGCCCUCAUCUCCCCCCACAGGUGUCAGGGGGUGCUCCUCCGAGUUCCAGCGUGCUUCUUAACGGUGCCAAGACGGAAGCCUCUUCUGGCCGUCCUGGCACGUCUCGUCCGCAGAAGAGACGCAAUCCCCACUCAGGAGCUUCCCGGUUGGUCUCUGUGGCGAAACCCCUGGUCAAACAUCGGGAAUCUUCGACCGAUUCAUUCACCAAUCGCUUCGUCCUUCACGCCUUUUAACCGCAUUCACCAUUUCCCAACUAUCCCUUCCCCUUUCAUUAUAAAUGGGAAAGGAUGGUUAGCUGCUAGUUCAUCCCUUUCUGACUUCUCCACCAUGGCAAGUAAGUCUCGGAGAAAAGUUGUCAUCGGCUUAACCCCUUCUGGGACAUCUUCUUCUUCGGAUGAUGAUUCCUCCGCCUCUCCGGCUCAGUCCAACGACAUGGCUGGGUUGAGUCCCGGCGAGUUCUCAAGACUUCAUCCAACAACUCGCCUCCCUGCACCAUCUCCUCCUAGUCCACCCAGGCUUCCAUCCGGAAGGGUAGACUGGGGCUCAAUGACCCUCCAAGACUUCGCCUUGUAUCAGAGGAUGCGCAGGGCUAGACUUGGGCGUUCUCUGCCAAUUGUUGAGGUAGAACCUUCAUGUGAAAGCUGGACUGCUUCUCCAAACUUGCUGAAGUCUCCCAACGAUGGUUCUUCAUUGAGGGCUGCAGCUCCCCGUCCUGGGACAUGGGAAGACUAUGACAUCUGGGAGGCGGCUGAUUCCACAGCGUGUCCCUCGUCAAAGAGAAGGAGCCCAUGGAAGGGACCCCCACCUCCUUCUUCUUGACUGCAUGGACGCAACAGGCCCUCCUUCAGUGCCUAGGCCCCUGCAAAUCAAAUUUCUUUUCCUCGUUUUAUAUCAAGAGGCAUUCACUUGUUUGGUCCAGGAGUUUUCCCUGCGUUCCAAACUAAGGAAUGUUCCUUAAUCUCAGAUUAGGGAUUAUCUU